GUGAGGAACUCUGCCUGUGUCCAUCAGCAUUGUUUAUCCGUCUCAUCCGAUCUGUCGGGGUUAAGCGUCGACAAUAUCGUGCGAGAUAGAUGCUUGAUUAUUGCUAUUAGGCCUAUUUGUUUGCAGUGUCACCCUUCACAUGGAAGUCAGCCAAGAGGAAAAUACAUAAUCAGAGGAUGAACUGGUCAGAGAGAAAACAUUUUCAGGGUUAUUUAGGCUACCUCUUUGGACUUCUGCGCAAAAAUACACGCUAUGUGACAUCAAUGAAAGAAAAACAGUCUUUCCAAACAGGAAGUAGGCUAGUUCAGAAACCCUUUCCAACCAAUUGCAUAGUCAAAGCUAGAAAAAGUCCAACGGAUGCAACUGGAUAAGUGCGAACUCAAUGACAGUUCUGUAAAAGCGCUGCACCGGCAAUUAAUGGCCAAUAGACGGGACUGCGGGCAAUGCGACGAGGAUCCUGCAAGGGAUUAUGCGAAUUUUUAGAUGGAGAUGCCCAGACUCCUUGCCUUGCUGCUGAUCAUACUGGAGUGGAUUCGGCCUGGCCUACCCUCCCCUUUGCGGCCUAUCUGUGACCUGCGUGUUCUCAACCACUUCAUUAAGGAAGCACGGGAUGCUGAGGCUGCUUUGAGGUUUUGUACAGAGGAAUGCAGUAUUGCUGUACCUCUCACAGUUCCUCUGACCAGAGUGGAUUUUGAUGUUUGGGAAAAGCAAAAUACAGAGGAGCAGGCUCAAGAAGUGCAGACAGGACUAUGGUUGCUAAACAUGGCCAUCAGCUCAUUAGGUGCAUCCAUCACCAACUCUGCACUCCACUCCCACAUAGAAGCCAGCAUCAGAAACAUUGCCAGCCUCAAGCAGGUGCUGCGCAGCCUCAGUAUACAGGACUAUGUGCCUACAAGUGGUGGGACAGAGGACACAUGGAAAGUAUCUUCGGCCUCAGAGCUCUUCCAGGUCCACAUCAACUUCCUGCGUGGGAAAGUGCGCCUUUUGCUCUCCAAUGCUCCAAUCUGCCAGCAGCAUAUCAGAUGAAUGGAGCAUGGACAAGACAUAAACCCAACUGAUUGGAGCAGACUGUAAUAAAAGGCGGGACAUUAGUAGUAAACUGUCGAGGGCAUCAUGCUCGCCUGUAUGUUGGAAGCUGGAGCACUUUCUCACCAUGAAUGAAAAAUGGAACAAUAUAUUUAUCUUCAAGAGCCCUAGAUGGUCUUAGGAAGUAGUUCUCUUCACUGCUGCCCUGACCAACGCUGCACACGUUUCUGUACAUGAUGCAGCCUGUCACUCCUUUCUCCCCAUUUGACUGACAUUUGUUAUAUCUCAGAUGCAUCUGCAUCAACCCUAAUCAGAUACCACUUUUAAUAUUUUUUUACAGUGUAUUUGUGUGGAUUUUAUGAUGCUCAAUAUUUAUAUAAAUUUCUACAAGCUGGAUUAUGGGUUAUGCUAUAGAUUAUAUACUACAGAGUAUGAGGAAGCCGUCUGCUUUCUGUCUUACCCUUUAACACCUCUAAAAAUAGACCUGCUGCUUUUUAGCCAUAUUUAUCAAUCUCAGUAAUGCACUGAUUUUAUAUAGAUAGUGUGUGUGCGUGUGUGCAAGAGUGAGUGAAUAUGAGUAUUUUGGGGAAUGUGUGUGAGAGAGAGAGAGAAUGAGAGAGAGAUGGACAUAUCAGUGGACAGACUGUUUACAGGUCACUUCUGGUGAGAGGAAGAGACCACAUAGUUACGCUUUUGGGGGGAAACUGGGGGGCGGUUUGUGAGGGCUGAUGAGACUGUGUGUUGAUUAUAAGUGUCUGCAUUAGCUUCACGUGCAAACGCACAGCACCGCACAGAGAAUGGCCAGAAAAAAUAUUGCGUCACUGCCAGGAAAAAUAUUGAUUGGUUUGUAUGAAGAACAUCCUGCAUGACUCCUGCUCUGUUCACAGUCUGGUGUAAUGGCCUGGGAAACCUUUGGGUAGUUGACAUUUGUCUAAUGUUUCUCUUUGCGUUCCAGGCUCGGAUUGGUCAUUCUUGUUUGUCGUCUCUGUCUUUCUUUUAAUGAUGUUUUCACUGUGGGGUUCAUUUGUGAAUCAGUGUGUAAGGACGGAAGUGAGUAAUACUACUUUCCUGUUUGUUACUGUUGUUUGCUUCUUUUACCACUUGUCCUAUUUGGUUAAUAAAAUGCAAAAUAUUAUUCUGAAAAGUA